AUGGGGUCCUCCGAGCAUUCAAGAGCUCAGCUCUGCUUGACCUCCAUCGCCAGCCCCUCACCUGCCGCCUGCAAGAGGUCUGCUGGCUUUGAAGACGCCUGUCGCAGCUCAGGAUUUACGGGUGCGGAGCAGGGAGGGGCCGCGCCUGAGCUGCAGUGUGCACGGAGACAUCCCGCACCUGCCCCGCAGCCCCUGCCUCUCGAGCUGCGUGGCUCCAACAAAGGGGCUCAGACCCUGGGGACGUACAGGCCCUACAAGAGCACAGGGGAGGAAAUAAUCAUAAUUUUCCAUCAAGUCCUCUCUGGGCUGGUAGCUGAACCCCUGCUGCAGGGGCAGGCCUGGCUCUCGGGGCACCUGUCGCUUUGUCGGGGACUGAGCGGCCUCAGCGGUGGCCCCACGAGCCCGGCUCGUCCCCAGAGCUCAGCCACAGAUUCCAAAGCACGUCGCCUCACGGAGAAGACCACGUCUCCUUCUUCCAGGCCACACAAUGUCGAGGCCCAGAGCCACUUCGUACAGCCCUUCAGGGAUCUCCCCACGGCCCCCCACUCCUGUGGAGAAGAUGCUAAGAGGCGUUUUCGUCCCGGCAUCUCAGUGGUGAGCAGCCCCUCCCCCUGCAGCAGCCGCAUCACAGCCCACCUCACAGCUGGGUACGCUCGGGUGCAAGGGCUCGCCCCGCGUCCCCUCCCCGCCACGCCAGAAGGCAGCGCCCACUCAUGCUGGCCCCUGCACGCAGCCCUCCUGCCGGGCCACACGCCCGUGUGCCGAAUCCGCCACGCCGCUGACAAGGCCCUGGGUGGGCCUCGGGAGCCCUCCACUUCCCCCCAGCAGGGCAAGGGUGGGCGCCCCGGACAGCGUCAGAGGCUGGAGAGCGGCGAGCACAGGCCGCGGGCUCGGGCCUGUCGCUGGGGCUGCACCCGCGGCGCACGGGAUGGCCGGGCAGCGGAGCCCAAGCCACCACCUUCACUCCCUGCCCCACCUGUGGUCCCUGCGGAACGGCCGGGAAUCCCCCAGCCCCGCGGCUGCGACCGUCCCCCGACGCUGGGCCAGGGGCGUUGGCAGCGAAGCCCCAGUGCAGGCAGAAGCCAGGCCCGCGGGGGUCGGCAGGGACUUUCCUGGACGGCCGCUACUCCUGGCGACCUGAGGCGACCCGAGGCCAGGGGGUGGGCGCGGGUUCCUCUAGGCCCCGGGACCCUGGGGGUGGAUCAGAGUCAUCACCUGGCCGGCUUUUUAUGGGGGAGAGGGAGCUGUCGGAAACGGCAACUGGCGCCAGAAUGCCCCAGGGGCUUCUGCCCAAAGAGCCCACGCACCGCUGCACGCAGCUGCCCCGACACACCGACACACCGAGGUCAUCUGGGCCUGAGCGCGCCCCGCCCGCGCCCCCUCUGCCCGCGCACAGCCGGGAGACGAGGGGUUAAACGCUGCUCGCAGGCGCGCGCGGCGAGCUCGGUGCCCACGCAGGGAGGACUCCGGGAGCGGCGGGGGCAGCAGGGAGCUCCGCGCCCGCAGGUGGAGGCGGGGAGGGAGGGGGGCGCCCGGCUGGGCGCGACUGGGCGCCCCUCCGCCCCGGGCGCCGCCCCCGAAAUCCCCACGGCCGCCCCCCACCGCAGGCGCCCCCAGCCCGCCGGCGCCCCGCUUCCAUCCGGCGGAGCUUUCACGCCUCGUACUUGCCCGGUGCUAAGUGCCCGGGGCUCCCCGAUGCGCGCCCGGGGCGUCCCCGGAGCCAAGCCCCGGCUUUCAGCAGGAAAAUUAGCGACCCGGCACGGGGAGCAGCGACUUCACCUCGAGCACCCAAAUGACCCUCGGCCUCGCGCUGGCCCCGGGAACGAGUCCCGCCGCCUCCCGGGCCGCCAGGGCAGAAAGUUUGGGCCAGGGGUGCGCCGGGCCGCGCUGGUCCCUGGGGAGGGUCGAGGUUCCGGAGAAGCAGCCUCGGCUCCCACCCCAACCUCCCUAAAGCCGCUCGGGAGACUCGGCCGGGAGCGCCCCCACGCCGCCCGCUGGAGGGCCCCGCGCGCCGCCCGUCCCCCGCCGCCCUCCCCCGCGCCCACGGUGGCCCUGCCGACCCUGCUCCUCUUUCGGAGGCCGUGGGCGCCCCUUACCCCGCGCCCCGAAUGCUUUGAGCCGUCAACUCCUCCCGAGGACCAGGGCAGGGCUCCGGGAACCUGGGUGCCGGGAGGGAAGCGCACGGCACCACCACGGGGUCGCCAGCCCUGCUCCCCUCCUGCUCCCCCGCCGCCUCCCCGCGCCCCGCCGGGCCGGGAUCUCCGCGCGCCUCGGCCUCCCCCCGCCGGGGAGUUCCCCGCGCGGGGCAUUGUGCCGCCGCCGCCGCCGCUGCGCGGGACUCCCCGGCGUCUCCCUGGAGCCCGACCCCGGGGCCUCUCCAUUCACAAACGCCCCGAAGGGACCUGGGGAGCGCCGAGGCCCUGCGGGGACCCUUGA